GCUGGCUGCCACUUCUAAUAUAGAUUGCCUGUUAACCCAGAACUUCAGGCAGACAAGCUGCUAUGAGAAUGCGAUGGCGCAAGCCAUGUCAAUAAGCCUCGCUUUGCUGAGUGGCAAAAGCUGUUCGGUUGAGCUCGAGCCGGGACUCUCCAUUCAAGAGCUGCGAGAAAUUGCACAACAACGCCUCAACGCUCGGAUCAGCCAACUGAUCACUGCAGAUGGCAGGGUCUUGAAAGAGGAGAGCUACGUUGGCGACUCAAAGAUUGAAAGCGGUGAUGUCGUGACUGCAAUCCUGCGACAGGCAGCCAUCGUGUCCAACGGCUCUUGCAACUGGAGAUCGGCUACCGUUGUGAGACACACUGAUGGUUCAGUCACUGCAUGGGGCAAUUUUGCCUGCGGUGGUGACAUCAUUGGUGUCCAAGACCAGCUGCACGACGUCCAACGGGUUGUUGCGACCUAUGCGGCCUUUGCUGCGUUGCGUGGAGAUGGCAGCACCGUCGCUUGGGGCGAAGCGGAAUCUGGUGGGGACAGCAGCGAGGUACAGGAGCAGCUGGUUGAUGUAUCAAGCAUACGAGCCUCUGGCUACGCCUUUGCUGCCUUGCGCCGCGACGGCAAAGUUGUGACUUGGGGCGCUCCUGACUACGGAGGUGACAGCAGCAAUGUGCAAAGCCAGUUGGCGAAGGUUACUGAGAUCCAUGCCACACAUGGUGCUUUCGCUGCAAAAUGCGAUGAUGGGCGUGUCGUUGUUUGGGGCAAAGCCAACUAUGGCGGCGACUCCAGUGCUGUGGCCAACCAGCUGACUCAUGUUCAGAGGAUUUGUGCUGGUUUCUUUGCAUUGACCGCUGUACGGGAAGACGGCCAGGUGAUCACUUGGGGCAACGCAGACAUGGAAGCAAAUUGUCCCAGAGUUCAGAAGCUCGGUCAUGAUGUGGUCGAUAUCCAAGCAUCUCAUGCCGCCUUUUGUGCACUUCUGGCAGACGGUCGAGCUGUUACCUGGGGAGAUGAAAAAUAUGGUGGCAACUGCCCACUGGCGCUGACAGACUUACGGAGCAUCACUGCAAAUGCCUAUGCCUUUGCGGCUGUGACGAAAGCCGGACGCGUGAUCGCUUGGGGCAACCCAUUCUGUGGUGGUGACAGCAGCCUUGUGGCAGAAGAACUGUACGAUGUGGUUGAGAUUCAAGCGGCACACUAUGCCUUCGCAGCGCUUUUGGCUGAUGGAGGUGUGGUAGCAUGGGGCGACGUGGAGGCUGGAGGCAGCUGUGGAGACGUGGAGCUGCGAGACAUUCAGGAGCUGUGUGCAUCAGCGCAGGCGUUUUGUGCUUUAAGCUCUGACGGCUUUGUCAUUACUUGGGGACGUAGGGAUUUUGGUGGAGACAGCGCCUGGGCAAAGACUUCACAUGUUGCUUGAUUGAGUUUGGGAUGACUUCAGACUUGGUGGUUGGCCAGAAUUGAGCAGUCACGUGUUGCUCGACUUGCUUUUUCCGUUUUGCACAAGGUAGCAGUGUGCAGGAGCACCUCCAGGACGCGAAACUAUUUGAGAGAUUGAGCACCUACGGUUAAUGGAUCAAAGACACCUUCACUGGCAUACUGUUUGUUGAAUGUCAGAGUUCGCCGUGUUGCCGUCAUCACGGCAAAAGUCGCCACAAAGUUGAUGCCAAAGUCCCCAAGGACAUCUCGCACAUCAGCUCAUCAGAGAACGCCUUUAUGGCAAUCAAGUCCGACGGGAGCGUUAUCACGUGGGGUGGCGAAGAAAUGAGCCGCACUCCUUGGGCGGGCAAUGAAGAUGGCUUUCUAGGAAGCUCCAAUGAUGAGUUCUUCGAUGAGGACUCUUCAACGUCAUUCAGCGACGAAUCAUAGAAGGCCCCUUGAUUCUGCACAGCUUUCUAUCCACCCACCUUUUGGAGAUGCGUGCAGCUCCUCAAGUCGCUUUGAUCAGUAAAGUUCUCUUACGAAGGCAGUAAAGUUCUCUUGCGAAUUGCAGCAUGUACAAAGAUACUGCAGCAUGUACAAAGUUUAUUGAGGGUUCACACCUUUGCACAGUUGAUGAGCCAAAAGCUCAGCA